AAGUUCACGUGCAUUGCUGUUGAAACCGUUUCGAUCCGUAAAUCGUUCGAGGUUCCGACAUUCUGCGCCACACGAAGCCACUUCCUGGUCUUGCAUCGGAAGCCUUGAUUGUGAGAUCUCUCUGAUUUUUUCCAACUUCUGGAACAGUUAGAUUUUGCUGCACGAGAGUGAAGAGGAUGCGUAUGAACACAUCUUGCGUAUGAACCUCAGAGAUGUCAGCUCCCCGAAUUGACAUCGGAGACAGCCGACAAUUUCUACUUCCAUGAGAUCUUUACGAAGAUUAGCAUCUGUCUCCUUUAUGUGCUUGCUUCGUCUUUCCUUUGGCCACCGCAGCGCGGAGUGAAGUCUCAGAGGCCACUCCUCCACUUCACCUGGCAAACUGCGAGGUCGGAUUCUGUGUAACCACGAUUCGAAUGCGCUUGAAUCACCCAAUUUGCAUGAACGAAGCAAAAGGAAUCCGAAAUUCAAACUCCUCUCCAGCUGAUCGAUCUGAUCGCCGAGCAUGGUCAAGGAUGGGAAAAGAAGUCAUGGACCUACCACUGCUGUAUCGCGCAACAGGGAUGCUUGCAACAAUUGCAGGAAAGAGCUCGAGGAUAAGAUCCAGACAUGGCGAAGUGUACUGAGAGGGGUGGCUCUGGCGCUGUUCUUGCUGGCAUUCGGGGUGGGAUUCUACUUCACCUUCACGUCCAUGCCCAACAUGUCAGUGCACCGAGUGUACCUGGACCACGGGCGACGCGAUUUCGCAGUCAGACGCUUGUACAACGAAUCCGUGUCGUAUGGGAACAACGUGGACGUGGAGAACGGGAAGAACGAGGCCGCCAUGAGAGGACUGUAUGAUCAAUUCGGGCUUCGGGUCAUCGCCAACAAGUCCGCCUCGUCCGCCUCCGAUCAGGAAGGCCAGACGCUCACGUGCCCGUGCACGAAGACGAGCUUGAGCUGGACCGAGUACACGCACUUCUAUUUCGUGUCGUACGAGCGCCCGGACAGGAAGCCAUACUUGACAUACAUCUUCCCGCCGGAGCUGGACGGCAAAUUGGGAGGCCUCGAGGUCGACAAUGCCAGCGCCAUCAGCGCCCAGUACGUGGGCCGCGCCGCGGUCUAUCUCCAGAGCCACAAGGACUUCUGCAGUCUGCUGAACACGCUGCCGGCCGAUCUGCUGACUGCCCGGUCUCAGAUCGGCGACUGCCAGGACCUCGUCGGCCCGCUUCUGAGCUCGGAUUCGGACGACGAGGCGCAGUCUCGGUGGAAGGAUUCGCGAGCCUCGUUCCACGACUCUCCUGUGCUGCUGGAUCAGAAGCUCCUGCUCUCCACGACGCUCCGUCUGCUGUCCGGGUAUAUCCGGGGGAAGCGGGCGCUGAUGGAGAGCGGACCGACGAGGAUCGGGGAGAACGGCACGAACCGGAACAUGUUCCUGACGGGGCUGACGGACCUGUGGACAAACGCGCUGGACGCGCUGGGCGCGAACUCCAGCUGCUCGGACGCGGACUUCUUCGCGACGGCCGCGACGCGGGCGGCGCGCGACUUCGCCGCGCAGGAGGCGCUGGACUACCCGUUCCACUUCGCGGUGCUGCUGGACCAGGGCCAGACGUUUCUCGGCGUGCGCGUCAAUUGGACCGAGUACUACGUCGCCUGCGCCCCCCGCUUCUGCGACGCGCUGGGCUCCGUCGGCGGCGCGCGCCGCGCCUUCGCCGCCGUCGCGCUCCUCGGCGGCCUCGGCACCUGCGUCCUCCUUCUGGCCCAUCUGGUCCUCUGGCCCCUCUCCGACUCCGUCCUCGUCUACUUCUGCCGCCAGUCGUCCGCCGCCGCCGCCACAGGCCCUUCUCCCCCCUUGCCCGCCCGGGCCCCCCGACCUUGUCCCCCCACUGCCUUCCAUGGCGGCCACUAGACACAUCCUCUUCUCCUCCUCCUCCACCUCCUCCAGGCCUUGCGAUCUACUUCGGCAGCAGCUCGAUCUCGGCUGUGGACUCGAUCUAACGUGGACUCACGGCUUUAGGAUUCACAUUUGCCGAUCAGAUGGACUCUUCUGGGGCCACAGCUGUUGCUGAGUUAUAUUUGCUUCUCGGCAUCUGGCUGUUGUAUUUAGGACCACUUUCGCUCUCCAAUCUGAAAGUUUCCGUGUUUUUG